AUGUCACAUUCGAAUACUUCAGCAGAUCAACAUCAUUUACCAGUCGGUCGUUUUCCACGACACUUAUUCGAUUUCGAAAAUUUCUUUGGUCCUUCACUCGAUUUAUUCGAUCCAUUCGAUGAAGUUGAUUUAGCUUCACACCGUAUGCAAAGUGCUCUUCAAUGGUUACAAGAUCCACCACGUCUUCAACGGGAACUUUGUCCAGUCACAGGUCACAAAAAACGAGCACAUACUGAUAAAUUUCGUGUAACAUUGGAUGUAACUGGUUAUAAACCCGAAGAUUUAAGUGUUAAAGUCGUUGGUCGCAAAUUGUUCAUCGAUGGUAAACAAGAAUUUCGCGAAGGUGAAGAUUUUUCCACCAAAGAAAUGCGCAAAACAUACGAUAUCCCAGAAAAUGCCAGCUUUGAACACAUGACAUCAUUUCUUACAGCUAAAGGUACAUUGGUCGUUGAAUUUCCAUUGAUCACACCAGUCAAGGAACGAGAUGAUCAUCAUCAUCAAGUACAACAAUACAGUGCUCAUGUCAAAGAAUUCAACUUCGACGAAUUCUUCAAAAGCGCAUUCGAACCCAAAAUCAGCGAUGAUGCUGAAAAAAGUGGCAAAAAAAUCGAUCUAUCAUUGGACAUGACUGGUUUCCGUCCCGAUCAAAUUCAAAUUCACCUUAAAGAUCACGAUCUGAUCGUUCAAGCUGAAUCAAGCUCAUCAGAUAAACAACACACAGCUCGUUCAUACAUCUACAAAGCUAUUACAUUACCACCUAACGUUGAUGUCGAACAUAUGCGAUCAUUCCUUCAUGAUGGCAAACGUCUUGUUAUUACAGCUCCAUACCAUGAAGAUAUGAGUGCUUUGAAACAACGAACUAUGGGCGCACUUCCUCAUGCCGAUCAACCUGCAACGUCAAUCAAGCACAGCGAUCUUCAUAUGAACCAAUGCCCAUCACCAACAAGCUCAACAUGUUCGAUUGCUGGUUCAGUUAACUCGACACUUGGAAGCACACGUUAA